AUGUCUGCUACUGUGACCAUCACUCAACCCGUUCAGCCUGAUAUUCAAUAUCACCCUGACUAUGUUAAAUAUCAAGCGCGUUCACGCCAGCGCAAGGAGACGGAGUCAUUGCAAACUAGUUUACCCGCUGGGUUCCCUCAGAAGUUAACAUCACCACUGGUUUGGGAGGGAAAGGACAUCGAACAGAGGAGUGACUGGAUUUACCAGUUGAGCGAUGAACAGUUGGAUGAAAUUGAUGCAGGACUGAAGAGCUUCAAAGCGUUGAAUAAGCCUUUGGGAUACAACAACGAGUCCACGUUCCCGCUGCCGACCCUCCGCCCAAUCCUGAGGAAUCUCUCGAAGCAAAUCCAUCACGGCCGUGGCUUCUUUGUUCUCCGGGGACUGCGUAUUGAUGACUACUCCCGAGAAGAUAACAUAAUUAUCUACACUGGCGUGUCUUCCCAUAUCGGAAACAUCCGAGGUCGCCAACAGGACACCCGACUGCAGAACGGCAAAUCCCCAGUGAUCUCUCACAUUAAAGACAUUACAAGCACCGUGGAAGCAGAAAGGAUUGGAGCUCCUUCCAACACGGCCGAUAAGCAAGUCUUCCAUACCGAUGCUGGAGAUAUCAUCUCUCUCCUCUGCCUGAGCCCUUCGGCUGAAGGGGGUGAGAGCUAUCUUUCAAGCAGCUGGAACGUUUACAAUAUCCUCGCCAAAGAGAGACCUGACUUGAUUCACACUCUUUCGCAGGACUGGCCGAUUGAUGGAUUCGGUAACCCCGAGAAGCCAUACACUCUCCGCCCUCUCUUAUAUCACCAACGUGCAACGGAAUCUAGUCCCGAGCGUGUGCUCAUCCAAUAUGCCCGCCGGUACUUCACCGGGUUCCUCGCCCAGCCUCGAUCCACAAAUAUACCCCCUAUCAGUGAAGCCCAGGCCGAAGCUCUAGACGCCUUGCACUUCUUGGCAGAAAAGCAUCGGGCAUCGCUGGGCUUUCAGAAGGGUGAUGUCCAAUACGUCAACAAUUUAAGCAUUUUCCAUGCGCGGAAUGGUUUUAAAGAUCAACCCGGCAAAGAACGUCAUCUACUUCGCCUGUGGCUUCGAGACCCGGUGAAUGCAUGGCCUACACCUGAGCCACUACAGGACCGGUGGGACGCGGUUUAUAAGGAUGUUGCUGAGGAGGAACAGGUAUUCCCGCUAGAGCCAGCUCUGCGAAAGAACCUUGGCUCUUAG